GUGCAGAACAAACCACGGGUUCUCUUUUUACCUCCGUGUUGGGCGUGAAGCUUUUGGUCUCCUGUCCGAGCCUGCGUGCACUUUUGUUCCGUCAGCCCUCAGAUGGAGGCUCUGAAGUUCGCCGUCGUGUUGUCGGUGGUCGUGUUCGUGCAGGUGUUCGGCGCGCUCGGGACGCCGAUCUCCAACGAGGAGGAGGACGCGGACAUCUGGACGGUGGAGAACUGGCAGAGUUACCCGGUGGAGAGAGGAAUAACCAUCCGGCUGGCGGACCUCAUCAAGCGGUCCAACGGGCAGCACUUCCACGGCCUGAUGGGAAGGAGCUCGGGCACAUCUCAACCUUUGAGAUUGGGCAAGAAAAGAAAUAAAGGGGAGAUGUUUGUUGGACUCAUGGGCAGAAGGAGUUUAGAUGGAGAUGUGGAAGAGGAAUGGAACUCUGACUCAUAAUAAAGAUGAAAAAUGAAACAACCUAAAAAUCUCCAUAAUCAAAGCUGAGAUUAAACAUCAUUGUUUGUGUAUAAUUCGGUCCUGUUGUUGAUCAACUGGACGUAGAGUGUCUCAGCCGGACAAAAGGUCUUUAAUCUGCUGCGAAUAACUGAAAUCAUCACUGAUCCAUAAUGCUUAUUGUUAUCAAUAUUAUCAGUAGUAUUUAAAUCAAUGUACAUGUAAGCCGUAUGUCUUUUAAGAGUAUUCUUGAUGUUUUUUAAUUCUAAAUCCAUUAAAGCUGAUAACAUUA